GUGCUGCAGCUGGACGGCGGAGCGGCUCGUGUUGUGCUGGGCAUGACGAGAUGCUGCUUGUGACAGCGGGCUCGGAGCAAUAAUGAACGCCUUCAGUAAGUGCUGGGAUGGAUGAGGAAGGUUCACUGUCAGCGCGGGGUGGAAUAACAGUGUGCUGUUGUGCCUCCUGGCUCCGCGAUGGUGUCACAUCUGUGCGCUUUUCCCUCUGCUACCCGGACAGGGGACACUGGCGGAGAAGUGACACACCGGCAUCGGAAUUUACACAAUUAUCAGUCUCAGAAUAGACGCGCGAGGGAGUAGAGGCGCUGUCAUGGAGAAACAGAGCAGAGUCAAGGAGGAAAUGCCGAUAUCGAAGGAGGAGAAGCGCAAAGAGAAAAAACCGAAAUCCGGGAAGCUUUUCCGAAAGAAAUCGUUGAAGUCUGUGGGGAGUUUUAUGAACAGAAUCAUCAAAACUUUGGGCACUUUCACCCACUUUGGAGACGCUGACGCGCACGACGCUGAGGACGACGAUGGGGGGUUUCGGAAUGGCGCACCUUGCACCCUCAGCGCCAGCUCGGGAAUUAUCAAAGAGGACGUACAGGUGGCUUGGGAUCGCGUGGUGAAAAACACUUCGAGCACCUCUUCUUCUCUGUGCACCGGCAGAGAAAAACUCCUCUACCAAUACGGAGACAAAAUCCCUGGUGUUCUGGGGCUGAAAAACCACGGGAACACCUGUUUCAUGAACGCCGCGGUCCAGUGUUUGAGCAACACCGACCUGCUCGCAGAGUACCUCGGGUUGGAGCGAUAUAAGCUGGACCUGAGUCAAAGCAGAAUAAACGGGGUGGUGAGAAGUGAUGAGACGCGGCUUGCCAAGGGAGAAGUCACGGAGCAGUUGGCAUCACUUGUCAGGGCUCUGUGGACUCUGGAGUACACCCCACAGCUGUCUGUGGACUUCAAGACUAUAGUGUCCAAGUAUGGAUCUCAGUUCCGUGGUAAUUCCCAACACGAUGCUCUGGAGUUCCUCCUGUGGCUGCUGGACCGCGUCCAUGAAGACGUCAAUCUGGCCUCCCACAAUAACAACAACAAAACUCCCAGGAAGGGCCCUGGUGGAGCUGACGAGGUGCCGUCUCCUGACCCGUCCCAUUCCCAGCAGCCCAAAGUCCAGCACAGCUUUGUCCAGGAACAUUUCCAGGCACAGUACAAAUCUUCAUUGACGUGCCCCCACUGUCUGAAACAGAGCAACACUUUUGACCCUUUCCUCUGCAUCUCACUCCCUAUUCCUCUUCGCCAGACCAGGCCGUUGUGUGUGAUUCUGGUGUUCAGCACCAAAGGACAGAGGUACCUGCGGGUCGGGCUGGCUGUGCCUCUGUUUGGCUCCGUGGCCUGCCUGAGGAGGAUGGUGGCUGAUGAGGGGAAAAUUUCCCCAGACCAGGUGAUCCUGACAGAGGUUUACUCCACAGGGUUCCAGCGCUCCUUCUUUGAUGAGGAGGAUCUGACUAGCAUAGCUGAAAAUGAUGUAAUAUACGCCUUCCAGGCUCCGCCCCUCUACAUCAGAGGAGGCUCUGCACGGAUCUCAGGGUACCAUCACAGCCUCCCUUCAUCCCCAUACUCCACCGGACCGGAGGGUCAGAGGCUACCUUCAUCUGGGACGCUGUCGACAGAGUUCCUCAACCAGGGCGUCCCUGUAAAGAUUCUGCUGUUGGUGUGCAACGCUGCAGGGGCAGGCCAACAGGCUGUUAGAUUUGGACCUCCAUUCCUUAUGAGGGAGGACCGGUCUAUUUCCUGGGACCAGCUGCAGCAGAGCAUCCUCAGCAAGCUUUAUUACUUGAUGAUCAAUGGAGCCCAUGCACAGAAUACCAGAGUUCUGUUCAACAUCCGUGUAGUGGGAGGAUCGGCAUUUUACAGCUACCUUUCACCUCAAGAUGGGCGGCCACUCUACCACCCUGCCGUCGACAGAGUUCUGAAGCUCUGCGGCUCAGGGGGACCUCCACAUGUGAAGCUCAUCAUUGAGUGGGAACACAGAAUCAAAGACUGCCUGUUUGGUAACAUUCAGGAGGAGGUGGUAAAGGAUGCAGAGAGCGUGAGGAAUCAGCAGCAGCAGCACGUCCAACAGUACAGUUGCACCUUGGAUGAGUGCUUCCAGCUCUACACCAAAGAGGAACAGCUUGCCCCAGAUGAUGCCUGGAAAUGCCCCCACUGUAAGCAGCUGCAGCAGGGUAUGGUGAAGAUGAGCCUGUGGACGCUCCCGGACAUCCUCAUCCUCCACCUGAAGCGCUUCAGGCAGGUGGGAGAGCGGAGGAACAAGCUCACCACGUUCGUGCAUUUUCCCCUGGCGGGCCUGGACAUGACGCCUCACAUGGUGAACCGCAACCACGGCACCCAUCAGCCCCCUCUCCAGCCUGGCUGGAAACAGUCCAGACGACCUGACUUGGCUCCCCCCGACUUCCUGUACGAUCUGUAUGCUGUGUGCAACCACCAUGGAGGAAUGCACGGCGGACAUUACACAGCCUUCUGUAGGAACUCAGUGGACGGCCAGUGGUACAGUUACGAUGACAGCAGUGUUGAGCUGGUUCCAGAGGCGGAGGUGUGCACACGUGGAGCCUACAUCCUUUUCUACCAGAGAAGAAACACCAUCCCGACUUGGUCUGCCAGUUCCUCAGUCACUGGUUCCACCAGCUCAUCCACGUCGGACCACUGGCUGGUCCGGCUGGCAGGGGGCAGCAAGAGGGGUAGCGUGGUGUCAGCAGGAACCAUCCCUGGACCUUCAGGGCCCAAACAGGCCCCAGAGUCUCCAGAGCUGCCAGUGUUUGGAGAUGAACCCCCCAAAACAGUGGAAACAAAUGGGUUUGAAGCCAAGCCCUUUGUCCGUGGGACCCAAGGCAGGAGUGUAAGCAUGAGAUCACCAACUAAGCCCAAGGAGACUCUGAGCAAGGUUCUGCCAUUGCGGUGGUCUUUUGGCUCUAAGGACCGCAUUAAACAUCCAGUCCAGAUGCAGUCAGGAGAGCUGGUGGAGUACCUGGAGUCUGGGCGCCGGCCACGAUGUACCAAAGACCCUAUCAUAACACUUGUGGCCACCCCACCACAAAGGAAUGCCCAGGGAAGAGCCUUUGAAGUAGGACAGGACUGCAGCUCACCUAGCGGUAGCAGUCUUAGUUGUACGGACAGACCCGGUUCCGACACUUGUUACUCCCCCAAAUUACCAGAGGGACAGAGCAGACCUUGUGUGGAGAGAAUCAUGAGCCAGGGAGUCAGUAACAGCAAUGUCAAAGCCAGGGAUUAUGGUUCUCUGAGGCAGAGGUCAUCUAAGAGAACGAGGCAGGACCAGGGCAGGACCCUGGACCUCCAUCUUCAGCUUCAGAGAGGGGCCAUUCUAGUCGGUCAUAUCAGCCACAGUGCACCUCCAAGCAGAGAUUCCACUUUGAGAAGGACCAAGGUCCAGACGGGGGUGACCUCCAGGGCACAAAAAGACUUGUUACAGAUGGUCAUUCAACCUGAGGACAGGAGGGGGCAGAGGGGACAGGAGGGUCGCAGCCACGACAGCCUCUUGUCUUUUUUCAAACCUGGUUUCAUGAAGAAAGACCUUCCUGGGUCACCAGUCAAGGGCCAAGACAGGCGUAUGAAUGGCCACGGACAACUAGGAAAGCUGGCAAGCAGUAAUUUAGCCAAACUGUCCCUCUCCAAUGGAACGCUGUCCACAGUGGCACCAGAAGAGAGGAAGGCCAGCGUCAUCCCGACCUGUGACACCCAUAACUGCAAAGUGCAGCUAGUCAACGGCAAGACGGGGAAUCACGAGCCCGCAGACAUUAAGCGCGCUCACAGUUCCAGUAACAUCCAGACCAAGCUGGAUCUGACCUUUCGCAGAUGUGCCUCCCUUCAGAGGAACGGUGGAGUAGUGGCCCCUCCAGCCCACCCCAUCCUGUUGUCAGAUAAGCCCAGCUACGCCACUCUGCAGCGGACACGAUACAGUACCACCUCCCUGGUGCCUCUGUGACAGCCCAGAAUGACUGUUGAACACUAGGACCUCUACUGAUUUCUACACACGGCACCCAGAGAAGCUCCCCAGCAGAAGGCAACACUGCAAAGUAUAUCUUCUCGCUCCCCUUCAUAGUACUGUUAUAAGUUCUUACCUGUGUGUGUCUUAAAAUAAAUCUAUGCAGAGUUGAAUUAACUGAGGAGAAAUACUGCUGUUAUUUGACUUUUUCUUUUCCCCUCGUUUUGUGUUACAAAGCAGUCUACUGUUAAAACACGGUUUUGUUUAAGAUCAGUAUAUGAGAAGUUUUGUUAAUUUGCAUGUUUUCAGCUCAUUAUACUUUCCUAAAACCAACAUCCGUUUGGAAGGUAGGAAAUUAACCUGAAAACUUGGCUGGUUAAAAGAUUCAGGAUAUACAAUUUACAGAUAAUGGGCGAACACGUGAUAUUGUUACACUGCAAAGAGCACUAACACCUGCACUGUAAAUUGGCUGCUAUAAUAUCAUUUGCUUUGUCAUUUACUAUCAUUUUCCUGUUAUAUUUCCAAUGCACUAAAAGAAAUCCAUUCUUUAUACAUAACCAUCGCUGCAUUAAAGUUACAUUGCGAAUGCCAGGGCAAUUACACUGUACAAAAAUUAGCAAAAACAAAUGUGUGUGUUUCAGGCAUUGAUUAAUAAGACAAUUAAUCUACAACUUGUAACCAACAGAUUGCUAAACUGUGGGAGAGGUUUGUGGUUUGUAGACGUACACUAAAGGUAACAUUGUGAAAAACCCUUCCACUCAAAAUUGCUUUUUUUACAUACUGGUGUUGUUCAAGUGUCUUCUGUAGAUGGAUGACAAGAGUUUUUUACAUCAGAAAACCGUAGGUGGGAUUGUUCUGACUAAAAAGUUAUUAACCACCCUCUCUUUCACUAAAGUCUGGUCUCAAGUCUUGAAUUCUUAAUGAUAAAAUGCAGACAUCAACAAGACCAGAUGCAAACGCAAAGCUCAGAUUGAAGCAGAGGCGCUCUCUCUCUCUCUCUCUCUCUCUCUCUCUCAGUCGUGUUCCUGCAGCCUAAUUCACAGUCAUCGGUCAUAUUCACCGUUUCUGUAUCUGCACAAAGCUCUUUAGUUUACUUCUGCAUUGUAAAUUUGUCACUGAGGAUUAUUAGGGAAUGUAAAAGUGAGAGUCCUGAUUGUUUGCCUACACUGUAACUGUUUUCACAUUUCAUGUUGUGUCAUUUAACAUUACUGUUUAACAACACUCUUUACCAAAAUGAAAUGCUAGUACAUGAAGGAUGUUUCUGAGACAUUAUUUGGGAAAUAUGGCUAGAUUAUAUUUUAUUAUUAACUUUUUUAAAAGUCUACAUUUUGUACCUGAUGUGUAAUUAUGUAAUUUAAGUACCAGAUUAAAACCGUAUGUUUCAGGUUACUGUAUAAGGUCAGAUUACAUACCGUAAGAGGGGGUGAAUUGGACGCAACACACAGAAGUCCCUGUACUGGACUGUCUAUAAUGUCUGCUUAAUGUACUGCUAAGUUUUAUGGAUUGCAAAUUAAACACAGCUUUUCUCACAAA